UCUCCCUCUCUCUCUCUCUCUCCGGGGCUCCGCAUGGCUGUGGCAGCGGCAGAGGGGAUGUCUCCGCCGGGCGUCCGACUGCGGGACCGGCCGACGCGAGUGAUGCCGGAGCAGAGGAAGGUCCGGGCGAGGCGGAGGCGGCGGAAGGAGCUGGUGCUGAUCCAGAUCUGCCUGUUCGGCGGCUUGCUGCUGGCCGUGAGGGGCUUCUCCUACUUGGCGGAAGAUUCAGGUUUCGACAUCUCCAGCCAGAGCAGCGAAGACCAGGAGACGUGGGGAGGAAGGAGGCUACUGCAGGAAAUGGACAACAGCAGCCUGGAGGAAAUGGAGAGUGAGGAGUCGAAGAACUGCACCGCUCCAGCGCUGCACGAGUUCCCUACAGACCUGUUCACAAACAAGGAGCGGACAGAAGGAGCCGUGGCCCUACACGUCCUGUGUACCAUUUACAUGUUCUGUGCCCUGGCUCUGGUUUGUGAUGACUACUUUGUUCCCUCCCUGGAGAAGAUAUGUGAGCGUCUCAAUCUCAGCGAGGACGUAGCGGGUGCGACCUUCAUGGCCGCCGGCAGCUCAGCUCCCGAGCUCUUCACGUCCGUCAUCGGGGUUUUCAUCACCAAAGGCGACGUGGGUGUGGGGACCAUCGUGGGCUCGGCCAUCUUCAACAUCCUGUGCAUCAUCGGCGUGUGCGGCUUGUUCGCCGGCCAGGCGGUGAAGCUCUCUCACUGGGCCCUGCUCCGCGAUUCCAUUUUUUACACCUUUUCCAUCACGGCCCUCAUCGCGUUCAUCUACGAUGAGAAGGUUUGCUGGUGGGAGUCUCUUGUCCUGAUUCUCAUGUAUGCAGUCUACAUCCUCAUCAUGAAGUUUAACGGCAGGGCGCACCGUUACUUUGACCGUCGAAAGAAGAGCUCUGUGAAUUUGGCCAACGGGCUGACGGGGAGCACCGACCUGGAGGACAACGUCACGUGUGAUGCCACUGCGGUCCUGCUCAAGAAAGCGAACUUCCACUCUAAGCCGUCAGUGCUGAUGGUGGACGAGCUGCUGUCCGCGUACCCCCACCAGCUGUCCUUCUCCGAGGCCGGCAUGAGGAUCAUGAUCACCAGUCACUUCUCCCCCAGGACCCGCCUCACCAUGGCCUCCCGCAUGCUCAUCAACGAGAGACAACGACUGAUCAACACAACGGAGACUCGAGUCAACCGCAUCACCAACGGCGACUCGGACUCGGCGGCCAGGGGUCAGGGGAGGCGGGGCUUGGAGAACGGGAUGGGCGGGGCCGACCAGGGUCUGAACGGGAGGUGCCGGCUUCAGCGUCUGGAGUCUGGCAACGAGACAGAGAACGAAAACGAGGACAACGAGAACAACGAGAACGACGAGGAGAGAGAGGGAGAGGACGACAGCGGGGGCCCGCUGGUGCCGUUCAAAGUGCCAGCUGGAGUGUGCAACAAGCUGAAGUGGUUGAUCAUGUGGCCGCUGUCCCUGCUGCUGUUCCUCACCGUGCCCAACUGUGCCAAGCGCCGCUGGGAGAGAUGGUUCAUGGUGUCCUUCUUCAUCGCCACCAUCUGGAUCGCUGGCCUCUCAUACAUCAUGGUCUGGAUGGUGACUGUGAUCGGCUUCACGCUGGGCAUACCGGACGUCAUCAUGGGAAUCACCUUCCUCGCAGCAGGCACCAGCGUCCCGGACUGCAUGGCUAGUGUCAUAGUGGCCCGGCAAGGUCUGGGAGACAUGGCCAUCUCCAACUCCAUAGGCAGUAAUGUGUUUGACAUCCUCGUGGGCCUGGGCCUGCCCUGGACACUGCAAACACUCUGCAUCGACUACGGCUCCAUCAUCCAUCUCAACAGCAGAGGUCUCAUAUUCUCUGUUGGACUCUUGCUGGCCUCCGUAUUCUUCACAGUUCUCGGUGUCCAUCUGAACAACUGGACUCUGGACCGGCGACUGGGCUUGAUCUGCCUCGUCGUGUACGCCAUCUUCCUCUCCUUCUCCAUCCUCAUCGAGUUCAACGUGUUCAUCUUCGUCAACCUCCCCAUGUGCCGGGACAUCCACUGACCUCCCUCUUCUUCUUCUUCUUCUUCUUCUUCUUCUUCUUCUUCUUCUUCUUCUUCUUCUUCUGCUUUUUCUUCUUCUCCUUCUACUCGUUCCACUGGCCGAUGGAGGACACCUCACCUGGCCUCCAGUUUUUAGUUUUUCUGGCGCCAUGGAACCCAGUCCUACCGUCUUUCUUUGUUUCAGAUAGAAAAAUAGAGAUCUAUAUGAUUUAUGUUUGGUGCAAUACACACAGGAGAGAGGGUUGGGGGGAUGUUUGGGGACCGGCGCGGCGGCGCCGAGAGAAAGUCCCGGCAGCGGCGAUUGCUGCCAAUCGUCUCGUGAACAGUUGGCGGGAGUGAACGUGACCGUAUGAGCGCCGACAGUUAGGCUACUGUUGGGUGAGGAAGCUGCUACUGUGACCGACACGACCGACCGGGAAAGAGAGGAAUCCUGCGCUCACAGCGACUUUUAGCUGGAUUGUUUGUUACUCUUUGUACAAGUUUGGAUAUAAGCACACAAUUAAGGUAUUUUUAAGUAAAAAAAACAAAACAAACUGGCUUUCUCUGUAUAUAUUUGAGGAUAUAUUAUAUAUAAUAAGUACUAAUAUUAGCUGAUAUACGGGCCUCCUUUAUGCAAAGCUGGACCGGUCCUGCGAAGCCGAGUUGUCCGGCGACAGUGACAACGUUGUGCGCUUUUACUUUAGCGGCCUGGUCUGCCAGUAACACACUCGCCGUGCACUGCAGCCGCCAGCGUAGCAUGCGGUAAUAGCCACGAGUCAAGUGUAGCUCUGCACUGACGGAGAGAUUCUAGUUAUUUAACACUAUUCGACACAGAGUCUGUUCUUGUUUGUUUUUUGCUGUCUAUCUAACAGGCAUAGCCGAGUAGAUGUGGGCUUUACUGCUCUUUUAUAGAAACCCACACGACAAAGGGAUCUCCCUGGAACUGACAUCCAGCACUGUCACUUUAUGGAUUAGAGAUAUUAUUCUAUCGUUGCAAGGCGUCUACAGGUACUAUAAGAACAUGUAACUACUGAAGUCAAAGCUCCCUCUAGGCAGUAGACCCCUUGUGCUGUAUUAAAGAGUUUAGUUUUAAGUCUCAGAGUUCAAUAUGAUGUUGUUACUUUUCAAAGCCAAAAGUAUUUUUUAGAACAGGAGGAGGAGGAUUCGCAGUUUUCGGAUUGAAGAGUCCACUGUGUGUGUGUGUGUGUGUGUGUGUGUGUGUGUGUGUGUGUGUGUGUGUGUGUGUGUGUGUGUGAGUGUGUGUGUGUGUGUGUGUGUCCUUUCUGAGUUUCUAAUUAAGGUUAGGGGUAAGGUGUUAGUAGAGGUUAGGAUAAGGGUUUUAGAGUUAGGGUGCGAUGUCCAACUUGUGUGUCAGUGUGUGUGUGUGUGUGUGGAUGCGUGCGUGUGUGUGUGAGUGUGUCAAGGCAUCAUUUCUGAGUUCCUGGUUAAGGUUAGGGGUAAGGUGUUGGUAGAGGUUAGGUUAAGGGUUUUAGGGUUAGGGUGUGAUGUCCAACUUGUGUGUCAGUGUGUGUGUGUGUGUACGUGUGUGUGUACGUGUGUCAGCAUGCAAAGUGUGCGUUACAAUCUCGAGGGGAACCAAGGACCCAACUGUUACUGGAAAGACAUAAUCAUGAUUUAUUUAUGAAUUAAUUUAUUCAAAGAUCAUGUCUGACCUCCAGUUUCAGCCCUUUGGCUCGUGUACAGUGUGUCGAACGAGCGCUCUCCACUAGAUGGAGCUGUAAAAUGUACUGUACCUAAUAUAUAAUCUAAGUACUGGAAACUGACUUGAUGUUGUUUAUAUUUAAGAUCUUAGAAACGUAAUAAUUUAUACGUUUUUUUGUAUAGUUUGGAAAGGACGUUGCCACGUUUAUUUCCCGGUGCGAACGCGGUGGUCUGCGAAGAUGACGCGCGCGGCCCUGGCUGACAGAGGACAUUAAUGGCACAUUGAUUGAUUGAGAAUUUAUUUCGAACAUGUCAACUGACACAUGACCAUUUGACCUUUCACGUCGUAUUCUUUCUUUAACACAGUGCUUGAAACUAUUGUGCCAUCUUUUGUAUUUGAGGCUUCAAAACCAACGCUUGUGGCUUCUAUUGUUUGUAUUUGAGCCCCCCCCCCCCAAAAAAAAUCCACCUAUGUCAACAGUAUUGCCACACUGUUUCAGCAUGUGUUCAAAACAAAUGUGGAAGACGCAUAUUUUUAUUUUAUUUUUUACCUUCGAACAACUCUCAUGUUAAAUAGAAUUUUCAGAUUUAUUAAAAGUCUCCUCGGGGGUGUUGAUCUCCGCCUGCGGCCACGAGAGAGCGCUGAAGAGCUGUGUUACACUUUUCUUUUACACACUCAGGAGAAAGUGGAUUGGGUGUACUGUAUUUUUCAGGUCGGCCACAUGGAGACGGAUAUUGGAAGGUUUGCAUGCCCUGUUCAUAAUUCUGUUGAUUUUGUGUGUAAUUUUGAAUGGGCCUCCCGGAUCAAAGAGGCACUGUCUUGAUUUAAUGCUGUACAUAUCAGAGGGAUAUGCUAUUACAAACACGGAUGUUUGAACAACUUCUGAUCAUCAGUUAUAUUUGAGACAUGCACAGUAUUUAGAAUGUAGGCCUUCAAACAAGUUAGUUUUCAGCUGAUUAAUGUCGUUUUAUGCUCAUGUCUUUUGAAUAUUGUCUGUAAAUCCCCAUUUUUGUUGAUGAGGACCCCUGGACAGAGCUCUGAGCCAGAGAGAGAGAGACACGGACGUUGGCACUGUUCCCAGUGGUCUUCUUGCAAUAAACCGAUUUACAUACA